ACUUGCUCCCGCGCUUUCGCCAUCCAGGUCACCUCGCCAGCAUGUCUCAGGCUGAAUUCGACAAAGCUGCCGAGGAGGUGAAGCGCCUCAAGACUCAGCCAAGUGAUGAAGAGAUGCUCUUCAUCUAUAGCCACUUCAAACAAGCCACCGUGGGCGACGUAAAUACAGAUUGGCCAGGGCUUUUGGACCUCAAAGGCAAGGCCAAGUGGGAUUCCUGGAAUAAACUGAAAGGAACUUCCAAGGAAAGCGCCAUGAAAACCUACGUGGAAAAAGUGGAAGAGCUAAAGAAGAAAUACGGGAUAUAGAAGACCAGAUUUGGUGGCCAGCCACACGUGUGACCUGUGACAACAUAAUGCCUCGUUUUUUUUCUAAUGUAGAUGAUACGGUUCUGAUAAAUU